AGAUAAUCUUGUCCAACUCGAGUUCAACAUUCUAUAGAAGUAUAUUUAUAACUGCAGAUCAAGAAUCUUCGAAAUCUCGCUUAAUAAAAUGAAUAUAAUAUACAUUGUUUGUGCUAUAUAGAUGUUUUUAUUAAAAUGUUUAAAGAAGAUAUAUGUGAAAUAUAAAAAUAAAAUCACCUACUUUGAUACAGAUAUUUUUUAACUUCUGUGAUAUACAACUACUUAAUAUUAUUUGUCAUGGCUUACGGGAAGAAAAAAUUACUAUUAUACUGGGUGUAUGAAAAAUAUGCAUUUAUUAAAAUGAUUUUAAUAUUUGUAAUUUUGUUGUGUCCUUUAAUCUGGAGAGUAGUAAGAAUAAUAUUCUCAAGAAAACAUGUUAACAAAAUACGCAAUAAAAAUGUAACUGUUGGAUUUUUUCAUCCUAAUUGCAAUGCACGUACACCACAAGAAAAUAUUCUUUGGUCAGCAGUUGAAGCUAUUCAAUGGCAAUAUGGAAAUGUACAAAUUUGUGUCUACACAGGAGAUGUGGGUACUUCUUCCAAAACUAUACUUGACAAUGUUGAAUCAACAUUUAACAUAAAACUACAGCAUAACAUCAGGUUUGUCUAUUUAAAACACGGAAAAUGGAUAAAAAGUUUUGCAUAUUUGGGAUCAAUGUGGGUAGCUUGUGAGUCACUUGCACUUCUAAAACCACAUAUUGUGAUUGAUACAAUGGGCUAUGGAUUUGUUAAUUUUAUAUUUAAGUAUGUUGGAGGAUGCAAAGUGAUUAAUUAUAUUCAUAAUCCAUUAGUAUCAAUGGACAAGCUAAAAACAAGACAUGUAAUAUUAAAUAACAAUCAGUACAUGGUAACUAGAAGAUCACCUAGUGCUCUUGGAAUCAGUAAAGGAAUCGGUUUUUUAUAUGGCUGGACUGGCAGAAGUGCUGAUAUUGUAAUGGUCAAUUCAGCUUGGACUGAAGAGAAUAUUAAUUCCAUUUGGAAGUGUCCUAAAAAAGUACAUCGUGUCUAUCCUCCUAUCGGCUUAGAAAAACUCAUUAAACGAGCAGAUCGUUAUUGGGAUAAAAAAGAUAAUUACCAGAUUAUAAAUGCUAGUGAAUUUAAAUCUGAGAACAAUCAUGAACUAAUAAUGCAGGUAUUGAGUAAAUUAAAAUUAAAACUCAAACCAAGCAUUAUGGAGGAAAUUUGUUUAGUCUUAAUAAAUUUGAGCACAGAGGAAGAUAAAGACUACAUCAAAAGCUUGAAAAAAUUGAUAACUCAAUUAAAUUUAGACGAGUAUGUUAAAAUUUAUCCACAAUGCAAACAUGCCAAUCAUUUAGAAGAAGAAUUAGUAAGAUCAUCAUAUGGUAUAUAUGCAAAAGUAGAUGAUAAUGUUGGUUCAGAUAUAAUAGCUGGACUAGCUGCAGGACAAAUCAUGGUUGUUCAUGCUUCUGGAGCUUCCAAAGAUGAACUAAUAGAGACAGGUGAAUCUCAAAAUGGGUAUUUGGCAAAAACAGUUGAAGAUUAUGUUCACGCAUUGACUGAAGCCUUAAACUUGUCAGGUACUGAUAAACGCAGAAUGCAAAAGUCUGCUAGAAGAACUGCUGAACAAUUUUCACGUAGAUACUUCCAAAAAAAAUUUUUGGAGAUAAUAGAAUCUUUUUUUAAGACAAAAGCUGCAUAAUUUAUUGCAUGAUCUAUGUUAUGUUCUUCAUCCUAUCACAUUAUUCAUAAUGUUUUUUAACAUCAAUUUCAUAUAAUAAACAGUUUUUUCAGUUAUUUAUAA